AUGCGUGCUUCUCUUGUGAACCAGCUGCGUGUGCUUGUGCCUGUGAAACGCACGAUUGACUAUGCUGUCAAGAUCCGCGUUGCCUCGGACGGCAAGGGUGUAGACACGAACGUGCAGCACUCGAUGAACCCAUUCGACGAGAUCGCCGUGGAGGAGGCGGUGCGCCUGCGCGAGCGCAACAAGGAGGCGGUGAAGCGCAUUACAGUUAUGUCUGCUGGCCCAGCCAAGUCGCAGGAUGUGCUGCGUACCGCGCUCGCCAUGGGUGCCGACGAUGCCAUCCACGUGGAUGUGCCCGGUCCUCUGGAGCCGCUCGCGGUGAGCAAGAUCCUGCGCGCUGUUGUCGACAAGGAAGCGGGCGAGGAUGAGAUCGGUAUGGUCCUCCUCGGCAAGCAGGCGAUUGACGACGAUGCUAGCCAGACCGGCCAGAUGCUCGCGGGUCUGCUUAAGUGGCCCCAGGCGACGUUCGCUUCGAAGCUCGAGCUCGAGGGCAAGGGCGACAAGGGCGACAAGGUCCGUGUCACCCGUGAGGUUGACGGUGGUCUGGCCAUUGUUGAGACUACGGUCCCGCUCGUGCUUACUACGGACCUACGUCUGAACGAGCCACGCUACGCCUCGCUGCCGAACAUCAUGAAGGCCAAAAAGAAGAAGAUGACCAAGUACACGGUCGCGGACCUCGGCCUCGAGAAGGACAUCGAGCCCCGACUCGAGACCCUCAAGGUCGCAGAGCCUCCUAAGCGCGAGGGCGGAGCCAAGGUCGAGAACGUCGACGAGCUGAUCGCGAAGCUUAAGGAGGCGGGCCGUAUUUAA